GUGAGCCUUCGGAACAUUUGGAUCAUCCCGGUUUCCUUCCGCCAUGGCCCCGGUUGCCUUGGAUUCGUUGACGGACUACACGGUGGCGGAGGAGUUGGACCGAGCUCGCAAGGAGGCGCUGGAGGGACACUCAACUCCGCCCGCGAUGAUGAUGCGCGAAACAGAAAAGCUGGAAUUGCCAGACCUCGAAGGUCUCGAGGGACGCUUGGAACAGCAGCACAAGGAUGUGAUCGACAGGUUGCUGACGCAGGAGCAGCUCCUCGUUCAGAUUUGCUCCUCGAUCCUUCUUCCAGCAAAACGGAAGGUGGCAAGAAUCGAUGAACGGAAAAUCGAUGAAAGCCAGGGUGUGCUGUCCAGCGGGUUCAGAGAGGUGGGCCACAACAACUCCAACGCGUCAGCCACGGAAUCGCAGAUGCCGAGGCACAAGGCGUCCAAGGUGUCGUUGUCCUUCACCCCGAAGCUGUUCAGCACGUUCUCCCGGUUCGACCUCAACUUGCAACAGGCGGCCGCGCAGGCGGACGCGCAGCUCAACCGGCAGCGCUUCGCGGCGAGCCGCGGCGGCACCGAGGACAUCGAGAAGCGCUUCUUGGGGCCGCUGGUUCAGCACCCUGCCUUCGACCUGUUCUUUGGCCUGGUGGUGGUCACCAAUGCGGUGUUUAUCGGGAUCGAAGUCCAGGAGCAAAUCAGG